UCUUGAACGUAUACACUGCAUAUAAGGCACUAUAAUGAUGAAUACUGCCUGCGACUGAUUUGAACACUGAGUUGGGAAUAUCUAUCAAGAUCAUCACUUUUACACUUCAUCGUUGAUCAAAUCUUGAACACGCAAAUUUUACUUAAUGUUUCUAAUAUCUAAACCCACAUAAAAAGUGUACAUUUAAGUGUGAGUGUUGAGUGUGGUCAUGUUUGUACAUGUGCAAGGUUAGGUUGCCAUGUAUAAAACGUUCGCCAUAAUUUUAUGGCAUAUUAUGCCCACUUACCGUCGCCUGUUAACAGGGGGGACAUAUGGCCAUGAUAUGCCACAUAAUCUGGCUACUGGGCAUAAAAUUUGGCAUUUCGUGGCCAUAUUAGCCUCAAUUUCCUACGAGGGUACAACUUCUUACUUUAACUUUUUUUGUAGAAUGCUUAUAGGAUUCGAGUUAGAGCCAAAGAGCCAAACUCCUAAAAUUUCAGCCCGAUCGGUCGAAAAUUGCGAUGAAAUAUCGCAUCUCACACAUUUUUCGCUUAAAAAAUUAAGUAUAAGGCACUUGCAUACCGCGGUCGUGCCUAAAAACGCGCAAGCGUUUCUUAAACCCUGGAUGGAAAAAUCGAGGGGAAUGCAGGAAACGCAAUCAAUGUUUGACGCGAUUCCGAGAAACUGCAAGGGAAUAAUCGCAGUCAGGACUCCGCCUCUGUCUCCAAAGAGAUAUCGUAAAUUUUAUCCGAACGGCGGCAUUUGGAGCAAUAGCCAUUGUUCAAGAGCAUGUACCUAAUGCAUAAGGGCACAAACAGAAAAUGUAUGUUUUCUCCAAUCAGAAAAUGGCAUUUUUCCCGUAGAAUUCCUCAUUCAUAUAAGGGAAGUUGCCGGCACCGAAGUGCAUCAACUUAAUUAUUGCGUUAAUAUUUUUAUUUGAAACUUGCCACAGCGAUAGAUAUUUAUAAAAGGAAGGGCAACUAACUCUUGAUUUUUCAUAAUUCAUUGCAUUGCCUUAGUUUCGAGUAAUUUUCUACUGAACACUCGUACUAUCGGUAAAACCUGGGUUUCGGACCCCCUUAAUAGUACAUUAUGCAACAAGAGACUAAAGUCGUGGAUUAUUUACUUUAUUCUCGCAAAAUACGGAAUAAAGUGAAUUUGCGGGAAUAAAGUAAAUUUGCGGCAAUAAAAUUUUCUGGUCCCCAAGACACGUGGAGACGUGGCGACGGGGUGGCGGCUGAGAUGCGCCCCACGGCGUCGCGCCGUAGAGUCGGGGCGGGCCGGAGCCUACAUUUAUAGGUACAGGUAUUAUAGGCUAUCUAGAGGCGGAUUUCGGACGCACAGCUCGGGGAAAGUGAAUUUUUGCGGAGAGGGAGAACGCUGCUAUAUAUACAGAGCGAAAUUUCUUAAGCAGACAGUUCGAAGUUUUCAUUCUAGAAGCAACGACUUGGCUAGUCAGUGAUAUCCUAGUGCCUGCGUUAGUUUGAAUCUGUAGUGCAUCACAGUCAAGUUUUCCUUUCGUAAAAUGGAAUCUCCACGUGCGGAAUCUUACGCAUCUUCUGACACUGGUAGGACGAGAAUGAUUGAUGCAGAAGCUCGUCACACGGAUCUCGAUGGAAAUCUCAACGAAGUUACUGCAGACUUGACAGGGCUUGUGACGAUUUGUUGCUCGGAUUGUGAUCUUGACAGUGCCAACUACGAAAAAUGCCAGGGCGAGCUAGCUCUGCAAUGUUUAGCGUGCCGAGAGAAGUUUUAUCACCGUUUUUGGGCGAUCCGGCACAUCAAUUCUUGUGCCAGCAUCAUCAAGCAGCCAAAAUACAUCUGUGAGUUGUGCGAAACGACAUUCGAACGGAUCGAUGAACUAAGAAGACACUUUCAAGACUGUGCAAGUGAUUGUUUUACAAGUCUUCAGUUGGAGAACAACAACACGAAUUCGGAGGAAGAAUUAGAUAUGUUCAAGUACUUUGCCAACUCAUCGGAGAUAUUAAGGAAAAGCGUGAGGGAAUACGGACAUGAACGUUUUUAUGCGCACUUCUGCGUGGAGUGCCGCGAACCCAUCAUCGAUGAAACAUCGGUCGACGCAGUAGACUGCGAUGAAUGUAAAGUUAGUUGCCUGCUGCAGUGCAACACGUGCAAAUGUCUACACGAGACUUACGAGUCCAUUAUUGAGCAUUUAAAGGGGAGCUAUUGCGGAUAUAAGAUGCAAUUAGCGGUGGACCCGGAUGCUCAACUUCACGAACAGGCGUGAAAAAUUAUAAGAUGCACAAAGGCUAUUGCAAACAGAAUCGACCGUCUGGAGAUGUUUCAAUGCCCAAGGAAAGUGACGCAGCUUAUCACACAUACAUCGUGCACAAUCAUGGUUUACGUUCGAAUACAUAUGUAGAACCUUAAAACGUUUUUUAAUUGUCGAGAUGAUUUAAUUUUUUACUGUACUUAUUUAUUUAUCGUAAAAUAAAAAAUUUUUAACCGCUCAAUCAUUAUAUGCUUGUCUUUUAUUGAAUGAAAAACUGAAGUAUACUUUAUCCUCUUAGAAAAUAUUAUAAUUUCCAACUCCACAAAUAACGUUUUCCUAUUCAAAAACGUAAGAUCGUUACUGCGUGUGCAAAACUCUAAAUUUCGCACACGCUUAUCUGUUGAGGACGUAGAUUCGCACACUCGUGUCAAAAAAUAGUAUAUACGAUACACGUGCGCGUAGGUGAUCAUCAAACUCGCUUUUUUGUCACCCUUGCGGCGACAGAUGCGCUCAUGCAAAAAUAACCUACUUCGCGCACUCGUAUCGUAAUAUACAAUUUUAACAUGACGUGCGCGAAAAACGCGGUUUUUCAAGAGGCUUGUUUUUCGUGUAGCGUGUGCGAAAUACUGUUUCCAUAGCAACGAUAUGUUAUUAUAUGCUACAUGCUUGACGCAACAUUAAAAAAGCUAUAGUGAUUCGCGCAAAGAAAACGAGCCUGAGAAACCGCAUUUCGCGCACGGAGUAUUAAGAACGAUUUUGGGCUGUUAACUCUCGUUAUAAGCAUUGCCAUGAUUUUAUGUCAAUAGAAAAAAGUUGUAUUUUCAAAGAUCUACCCUCGUAGAAAAUACGCCAUAAGAUAUGGCCGGUGAAUAACUACUGGCCAUUUUGUUCUUAGCGUAAUAUGUCAACAUAAUAUGUCCACAUUAUGUUGAGUGCUUAACUCCAGCAAUGGGUUUAUAACCUAAAAUCCAUAAACUUAAUAAUCAAAAUUCAUUUAACGCAGUAAAUUCUAAAAUCAUUUACGUUUAAAAAAAGGAUUUUACAAUAAAUUUUGAAAAUACAAGGCAAUGUGUUAAGAGCGGUAACCUAACCUUGAAUAUUCAUACAUACAAAUUUACAUAUAAUCACACUCAAAACUCACUAACAUAUUUGUAUAUUAUUCUGGCAUGCAUGUUUUUAUGAAAGUGUGAAUAUUAGAAACAACAUCAGGUGAAAUUUGUGUGUUCAAGAUUUUAUCAAUGAUGAAGUGUAAAAGUGAUGAUAUUGAUAGAUAUUCGCAACUCAGUGUUCAAGUCAGUCGCAGGCAGUAUUCAUCAUUAUAGUGCAUUUUAUGCAGUGUAUUCGUGCAAGAUGUUUAAUUUGUAGUGUAGAUGCUUAUUUUAUUAUGUAGGAACAGGCUAGCGUAACUAUUUUUGCUUGUCUGUCUUUGCUAGCCGACCCACACCGAACUCCAUGGCUCCGAUGGGGGGGGGGGGUGGCAAAAUUUACACAUGAGUGUUUACGUGAGAAUUUAAACUACAGCACUUGAGAUACAGACAAGUGGGUAUAUUGCUUCAACAGCUUGAAACAAAUCACCAUGCAAAAUUUCAGCCCUCUAAGUAUGAUAGGUUUUUAUUGAGAUCAAAAAGAAAAAUUGAAAAAA